UACAAGCUCUCGUCAGUCGGGAGCUGGUGAUUGCUAGUAACGGUUCAAAAAGUGCAAGAUGUCCAAUCAACCGAAGCUUCCGUCCACCAAAGGACUCCUGUCGGUGUUCGAAAAUGCCAACGCUAGUCUAAUGGCCACGGCACUCGUAUCAUCCUCCAGUGAGGUUAGAAAGGAAAGCGGAAGCAGCUUAACCGACGGAUCGUACGUAGCAAUGAGUCAGGAUUCGGACGAGGAUAUGUCGGAUUUUUCGUCCAACGAAAGCGACGGCAUGGAGGAUGAGCUGCGAUACUCGUCCGUGGAUGAAAAAAGCGAAAUAUUAGGUGUUAAGAAAAUAGAAAGACCAAACUCUUGUGGCAAACCGAGCUCGCAGCUGUCGUCAACGUCUCCAGGAUUACCGGUGUUGAGCCUAGCUGGCACCAAACUAGGCAUUGGAAGUGGCUCGGUCGUCCGCAAAAUGUUCACCAACACACGAGAGCGUUGGCGCCAGCAAAACGUAUCUGGAGCCUUUGCCGAACUGCGUAAGUUGGUGCCAACUCAUCCUCCCGACAAGAAACUCUCCAAGAACGAAAUUCUCAGAAUGGCUAUCAGGUACAUUCGCUUACUGACAAACGUGCUCGAAUGGCAAAAGAAGCAAGAAACCAUCGAUAGAGCUUCCGAAGUUCAAGUAGAGCACCCAAAACCUCACCAUACGAAUGGAUUAGUCAAAUCAUCGUACCAGUUCCUUGGUGGAAAUAAUGAAAAUCAUUUCACCGGAAAUUAUCGCGACAACGGGAACAAUCUACUGAUGAUGGUCCCCAAAUCAUUCAGUAAAAUCCAAAAAUGUUCCUCGGAAUACGCGAACGGUUCCGGUGGCUUUCGUAGCAACAAGACCGAAUCAUCAGAACCGUGCUCUCCAACAAUUGAAAAGAUUAAACUGGUCAACAAACUUUGUCCCUCCGGAAAGAUCGGUAGAAGUGGUCUAAAGAAUCGCCGAAAGGCCAUUCCACUAUGCGCCAUUGGGGACGGAUUAAAAACGGAUCUGGGCUUGGUCGGCGGAUUUAUCGAUAAAAGCGGUGUGGAAAACGAGAUUAAACGUGAAAUUAACAUGUGUCACCCGGAGCAACGGAAAUCGCACCCAAUCGCGGAAACCGAACUGCUACAUGAGGACAGCGAGGAGGACCGUGCGGGAAAGAAAACCGAUGCUCGAAUGCAAAAGUUGGAUAUCGACACGAAGCCUAAGUAUUGAAAUGCGACGAUGUGUUAUGGUGUUAAAAUAUAAUAUUGAAAAAACUAUUAACUAACUGACUAUUCUUAGCCCUAGAAGUAAUGAAUUAUUGGAAAGGAA